AUGGCGGCGCGCCGGCUCGUGCUCAACGGGCUGACGGCGGAGGUGGGCGCGGGCGGCGCGGGGGACGGCGGCUCGCCGGACUCGCUCGAGUUCUACCACGAGCUGGAGCUGUACCACCAGCUGCUGGCGCUGCCCCCCGCGCCCCCCGCCUCGCCCCCCGCCUCGCCCCCCGCCUCGCCCCCCGCCUCGCCCCCCGCCUCGCCCCCCGCGCGGCGGCGGCGCGCGCGCACUCCCGACCCCACGCCCUCCGCCAAGUGCCUCGAGCCGCCGCGCCGCAGCCGCACGCCGGGCGGCGCGGGCGCAGCCCCCCCGCCCCCCGCGCUCCCCGCGCCGUCCGCACCCGCCGCGCCCGCCGAGCCCGCCGUGCGACACGCUCGGCAAACAACACCACCAGCAACAACAACAACAACAUCGCAGCCACAACACCUCCAGCAUAAGGACGUCGUCGCGGCGAACACACCAGAAACGCGGCUACUAACAACACCAGCGCAGCCCGGCGACGAAGUCCUGUUUCUUUGUGCUGUCAGCAGACCCAAUUUUGGGAAGAGUGCUAAAGGGACACACAUGGUCAACUUGUAG